ACGAUCUUUUCCGUGACGUAUAUGUCGCGCGAAACUCGGUUUGGGAAGCUAAAGUGAAAGUAGGGGAAUUAAAAAUGAGUAAAAAGGAUAACGGUGCGUCACUCAUCCUUGCAUACCUGAAUGAGAAGAACCGACCCUACAGUGCUCAGGAUGUCUUCUGCAAUCUACAAAAGCAGCAUGGACUGGGCAAAACAGCUGUGGCCAAAGCCAUGGAACUGCUGGCCCUGGAGGGCAAGAUAAAAGAGAAAACAUAUGGCAAGCAAAAGAUUUAUUUUGCUGAUCAGUCUCAGUUCAAAGACGUGAAUGAUGCAGACCUAAAGUCGAUGGACUCUCAGAUCUCACAGCUCAGUGCAGAGGUUCAGUCCCUCACCCAGAGCUGCAGACAGCUGGAUGCAGAGCUGAAGGAGCUCAAUAGCUCCCUGACAACAGAGGAAAUGAUGUCAGAGAUCCAAGAGCUGAAGUCAGAGUGUUCAGGGUACAGAGCGCGACUGGAGAAAAUUAAGGCAGCCACAAAUCACGUCACACCAGAGGAGAAAGAGAAGGUUUAUAAGGAGCGGAAUGUUUACGUGAAAGAGUGGAAAAAGAGGAAGAGAUUGGCUUCAGAUAUGAUGAAUGCAAUCCUGGAAGGGUAUCCAAAGAGCAAAAAGCAGUUCCUGGAAGAAGUCGGAGUGGAGACUGAUGAGGACUGUAAGGUGGUUGUUCCAAGUACUUGAAAGAACAAGAAAUCGCUCGUUCAUCCACUUCAUCAAAUAAGCCUGUGCAGUGCUUCGCAAAGAUUAUAGAUUAUUCAUCAGAGCGGUCUGAACCUCAGCGCAAUCUUUAUUUAUAGCCUUUCUCUUGAACAAUCAGUACAUCUUUAAUAAAAGUUGAAUGCAAUAACAACUUACACUGUAAUUGAAAGUAUAUUUAUACAAAAAUAGCCGUCAUUUGCAAGACACUGACACUACAGCACUGAGAGAUGCUUGGGGCUAAAUAGGCAACGGUGGUUUAUUUUUUUCCCUUUUUAAAGCCAUACAACCAAUCCUGAGCCUUUGAAUAUGUCAACGAAUUACUUAUUAUAGCUUUGAGAGCUGUACGUUCUUUGUUCAUAUAUGUUCAAGUCCAUAUUGCUGCCAUGGUUUUUGAAACCUGAACAUAAAAGAACCACAAUGUAUAGAGCAUGUGCUGUUAUUUAUGGCCUUCGGGUAUUAUGGAGGGUUGUCCUGUGUUUUUCUCUCUCCUUUGUUUAUCAUCUUUUGUACUGCUUCUCCACUCAGUAUGCUUCCAAGUUAUUAGAUGUUUAUGACAGUCACUUUUAAUACUUACGUGCUAACAGAAUUUCUUCAACAAAUGUAUUACUUUCUCAGCUAUCUUACAAUGUUAAAAGAUAUUUUACAGGUGUAUUAACUGCAGAGAUGGGACCACUAUACGAUUUGUCCUUUUUUGCUACACUUCAUUUCCAUGUUGUUUGGGGCAAAUUAAACAGGACAAGAAUUCAA